AUGACGCGCCUCCCGACUGUCCAGGUGGACGAGCCGCCCUCGCCUGCUCUGUCUGCUGCGCCCGCCGAGGAGGAGGACCACGACGACGACCUCUCCAUCAACUCGUCUGAUCUGGACGACGAGGGGUGGCUCAAUGUCGACAACACUGAUGCCGCCAGCGCCGCCACCUCCAGCGCCUCGGUCCUCGGAUCGAGCGUCAUCUCGGACCUGGCUAACUCGACCCGCGAGCCAAGCGAGGCGAGCGACAGCGAGGUCGAGGUCGAGGAUGACGCCGUGGUCGAGUUCAAUCCAAAGAUUGAGCAAAGCCUCAAUGAGUCGUUGUAUGCAGAUACCGAGACUCCAGCGGCCUUGAACAUGUACGAGUUCAAGAAUUCGUGGAUCUUCCCUGACCCGACGAGCUCGAAUGCCAGUUUGGCCACCACCGGCACCGUCACGGACAACACGCCGAUGCACAGCUUGCCGAACAUCCGCGCUGUCCCCCAUCGCUCCGUUGAGUCCUUGAUCGAAGAGGACGGCUCCGAGGGUCCAGCUCCUGUGGCCAAUGCACCUGUCGCCCUCACCAUGCCGGCGCCGGACUCGAAGAAGAAGACUGCACCUGGGAAUCCUUUUCUUGCUUACUCUCCCGGUGCUGGGGGAAACCGAUGGGCUAUCCUUCCGAUCUUGAUCGGACUGUUGCUCAUGUUGAUGCAGCUCGGCCCAUCGCCACUCCAACUUGCGCCAAUCAUGUCUCACAAGUGGGGAUCUUACUCCGGUCCGGCAACCCCUCCCGGCCCUCCCCCUGCUCAGAGCAACUGGGAGCUGGGUACUGCAGACCUCCAGGUCGUUAAGGAUACGCUCGCUGCUCUCACUACCUCGAAUGAACUAGUUCCCAAGGGCGUCCCCACUGAGGCGUCCACGACGCCCUCCGAGUACCUGUAUGUGUGGAACAAGCUUCGCAAAGGCGGCAAGACGUCGACCGAUCUCAUUGAGACAACUACUACCAACUCGCUCGUCGCUGUGCCGCAGAUCCGACGCAGGGCGUGCCAGUGCCCACCCAAGCAGUGCAAAUGCCCUCCGGCUGCGUCGAUCCUCGACCACCUCCACGACGGCAUCGUCGCACUCGACACGUAUGCUCGUUGGAUGUCUGACAUAGUCGCUGGCCUCGUGUACCACGCUGGACAGUGGGUCCGCAACGAAGUGGAACUCGAGCUCAACUACCAUGGCCAGCUUCUCAACGAUUUUGUCAAGUCGCCCACUGUUCGCGUCAUCGUCGAGAGCGCGAUGGACUCGCCGAAGACAGUGGCACGGUUAUACCAGAAUGCCCGCGACCGUGUGUGUGCGAACGGGCGCUGCGAGAGGGCCACCGACGCAGCGCAUCAGGCCCAGGCACGCGGUUGGCGUAGUAUUCUCCAAGCACGCCGCGGCCUCGACGUUGCGUUAACGCACGGGCAGCGUGCCGUUGACACUGCCAUGACGGCGAGCAACGAGUUACUCAAUGGGGCCGUGGCCGGAGCUCGUACCGCAGGCGAGCGCUACGCUGAGAAGAAGGCCGAGAAGAAGUCGUAG